AUGCACUCAUUUCAGUUCUUCUUCAUCACUUUUUUAUCGUUCCUUGUGGUAUUUUCCGUGAGCGACCCAAUUUGCAAUAAUGGAUUCACGUUGGUCAACUCAUCGAAAUGUUUGAAACUGUUCACUGGUCCGGUUAGACAUCGCGCCGCUGAAGCGAGUUGUGCGGUUUAUGGCGGGACUCUGGUCACUAUAAGGAAUGCUGUUGACAACCGCGCAGUCUCCACAUUCGUCGGUAACACUCCCGGUCUCAGCUUCUGGAUUGGUGUCUACUGCCUGACUAACGAUCCGUCGACGUGUUAUUUUGAUGACGAUUUGGGAACGGCUAGCUCCUAUAACAAUUUCGCAAAAGGUUUUCCAGUUGUGGACCUUGGUGGUUGUGUGUACUCGGCGGCAGCUGGAACUCUAGCUGGACAAUGGAUUAGUGCAGAGUGUGAAGAUGUCGAGAUGGCUUAUGUUUGUGAGAUUCCCACUACGAAGACAGACCCCUGCGCCCACAACUACAACGGCUACUGCUACCUGAUGUCCCACGAGAACUCCACCUCCCCAACUAUGCCAUUCACCUCCGCUGAAGAUUCUUGCCAUCAAAACUGCGCGGAGCUAGUCUCUAUCCACUCGAGACGAGAGCUAACCUACAUUCAAAGUCUCUACAGUACCCCAAACAUCUCUGCAGUCCUGAUAGGAGCUCUCACCACAUCCCCACUAACUCCCUACUGGGUAGAUCAAUCGAGAUGGGAUUACGGUCACGUCAGUCCGCGGAGUGGCUCAACAGGGAGUUGCUUUCAAAUGGCAGUGAAAACCGAUGGUACCUGGUAUCAAGUGGAUUGCAAAACCAGCCAGUACUUCUUGUGUAAACGUCCGACUGGAGUCACCUGUAACUCUACCCCGGCACCGCCCGUGAUAGUGACACCUGCACCGACUAACCCGACCGGUUGUAAUUCAACAAGUCUCUUUGAUUCCGGGAGAAUCACCUCACCGAAUUAUCCCAGUGCUUAUCCGAUCCCAUCGCUAUGUAACUACCGGUUAAGCACCCUGGGCGCCUAUAGAAUUGGUCUAUAUUUCACUGGAGUGUCUACCUAUACCAAUUAUGGUUAUGUCUACGUAUACGACUCGAAUGGUGCCCGUCUGGCAGCACUUACCGGGUCAGUUGGUGCCAACACGUAUUACAGUACUGCUAACACUAUGACAGUCACCUUCACGUCUGGUACCUAUGGUAGUGGUUACAGUGGAUUUGCUGCUAACUUUUUGUCUUUUUAA